AUGUCCAGCCUUCGCGACUUGCUGCAUCCUAUUGACGAGUCGCCAUUCUCCAGUCCAGGCUCUGCCGCAACUCCCCUACCAAGCGCGAGCGCAUCUUCAACUCCAAUAACGUAUUUGACAAUCGAGUACAUCUUCGACACGAUCUGCCCGCAUUGCUACGUCGGGCUGCGCCAUCUCGAGAAUGCGAUCACCAUAUACGGGAGCCGGUAUCCCGAUGUUGACUUCGAGGUUGUUUUCACCCCAUUGAUACUGGAACCGUCGCUUUACAAGCCUGUGUACGACAAAGGCAUGUAUUUUUGA